AUGCGUCUCAUAUUCCUGGCAGCUCUGUUAGGCGCCGCUCUGGCGUCACGGGUGUCGUACGAGGGAUACAAGGUGUUGCGCUUUAAUCCCACCGAGAGUCAACUACGGCUCCUAGAAAAGUACAGAAAUAGUCCAGGGUUCGACUUCUGGAAAGAACCGCGCAAAUAUGGCGACAAUCUGGACAUAAUGGUGUCUCCUGACCGACAGCUUCCGUUCCUGUCUUUCCUGAAAGACAAUAACAUUACAUUCAAGGUUAUCAACGACAACGUUCAGACGUCAAUUGACGCUGAAAUCAGACGUCAAGCGGUAACUCCUAAAACCCCUCGAGCCGUCUCAUUUGACCAGUACUACAGACAUGAAGAGAUCAACAGCUACCUACAGGAGCUGGCCGAGAAAUAUCCGGACCUAGUUAGCGUGGAAUCUCUUGGGGUCAGUUAUGAGAACAGAGAAAUGUUGGUAAUCAAGAUAUCAUCGGGGGGCGGAGGACAUCGGCCGGCGGUGCUUGUGGACGGCGGGAUCCACGCCAGGGAGUGGAUAGCCCCAGCGAUGGCUCUUUACAUCAUCAACCAACUUGUGGAGAACAAUGCUGCUAAUAGUGACCUUACAGACAGCGUCGAUUGGUUUAUCGUGCCUGUGCUCAACCCAGACGGCUACGAAUAUUCCCACACCACUGAUCGACUAUGGAGAAAAUCGAGGUCACCGAUAAUCACGAUUACAGGUGUAUGCAGAGGUGUGGAUCAAAACAGGAAUUUCGAUUUCCACUGGAUGGAGAUCGGAGCCAGUGAUUAUCCUUGUGACGAAAUUUACGGCGGGGAAGAACCACUCUCCGAGAUUGAGAACCGUAAUUUACGUGACUUUGCAACUCUUCACAAACAACACAUCAAACUGUACCUCACUUUCCACAGUUACGGUGAAUACCUCCUGUAUCCAUGGGGAUACACAUCAGAACUUCCAUCAGACUGGGAGACACUGCAUGCACUAGCUGAGGAGGUAGACGCUGCCCAGGUGGCUGCUGGUGGAAACCCAUUUACAAUAGGAAGCUCUACAAACGUCCUGUAUGCUGCUGCUGGCGGGAGUGAUGACUACAUGAAAGGAGUUCUAGGAAUCGAACUUUCGUACACAGUGGAGCUGACCAACACGCGAUACGGGUUCCAGCUGCCGGCGUCACUAAUCGAACCCACAGUCACACAGUUCUUUGAGGGCGUGCGUGUGUUCGCCAAAUAUGUGAAGGAGAACUUCUAAGGAAGACAAACAGCGUAACGCUAUCAUAAAAAAUAUGCAAUAAAUAAAUAUUUAAUUA